AUGACGAUUCACUUGCUCGAUCUCGGAGCCGGUAAUAUCCGCUCCCUCGUCAAUGCCGUCGAGUCCCUCGGCCACAAGCUCGAAUGGAUCAAGUCCGCAGAGGACAUCGAUAACGCAGAGCGCAUUCUCUUUCCCGGUGUCGGUAACUUCGGACAUGUGAUGCAAACGCUUGAGAAGAAGGGAUACGCGGACGCUGUUCGCAGGUAUAUCAAGGCGGACAGGCCAUUCAUGGGUAUCUGUGUCGGUUUGCAGGUGUUGUUCGAGGGAUCGGAGGAGAGCGAGUCCGUACCAGGAUUGGGUUUCAUCCCAGGAAAGGCCAAGAAGUUCGACAGUGCAGAUAAGCCUGUGCCUCACAUCGGAUGGAACAGUGCUGCUGUGCGGAGCAAGACCAAUCGCUCUGUCUACGGCCUGAGACCUCACAGCAAGUACUACUACGUCCACUCAUAUGCCGUUCCUUACCGGGAAUCUGAGUGGGAGGGAUGGGAUGUUGCUACUGGAUCGUACGGAAACGAGCAGUUCAUCGGCGCUGUGGCUAAGGGCAACCUUUACGCUACCCAGUUCCACCCCGAGAAGAGUGGUGUUGCUGGAUUGAGAACAUUGAAGGCGUUCUUGGAGGGUAACGGGUUGAGCAGUAUCUCUGGGAAUGCCACUGAGAUCAACGAAAACAGUGAGGGAGGAUUGACUAAGCGUAUCAUCGCAUGUCUUGAUGUACGAGCAAACGAUGCUGGUGAUCUGGUCGUGACGAAGGGUGAUCAGUAUGAUGUACGAGAGAAGACUGAGGGUGGUGAGGUCCGUAACCUCGGUAAGCCCGUCGAGCUUGCCAAGCGCUACUACCAGGAUGGGGCUGAUGAGGUUACCUUCUUGAACAUUACCUCCUUCCGCGAUACGCCUUUGGCCGACACCCCUAUGCUCGAGGUUCUCCGUAAGACGUCCGAGACUGUUUUCGUACCUCUGACCAUUGGUGGUGGUAUCCGUGAUAUCACUGAUCCUGAUGGUACUUUCCACCCUGCCGUCGAGGUCGCAGAACUGUACUUCAAGUCUGGUGCCGACAAGGUUUCUAUUGGAUCAGACUCUGUCUUGGCAGCAGAACAGUAUUACGCUCGCGGAAAGAAGCUGGACGGAACCACUGCUAUUGAGAGCAUUGCACGGGCAUACGGUGUUCAGGCCGUGGUUGUGUCCGUCGACCCUAAGCGUGUGUACGUGAAGGACCCCAGCGAGACUACCCACCACUGUAUCCAGCCUCAAGACAAGGGACCCAACGGUGAGGAGUGGGCAUGGUACCAGUGCACGAUCAAGGGUGGCCGUGAAGGACGUGAUGUCGACGUCCGACAACUCGUCACUGCCGUCGAGGCAAUGGGUGCCGGUGAGAUCUUGCUUAACUGCAUGGACAAGGACGGAACGAACUCUGGUUUCGACUUGGCUUUGGUGAAGGAUGUCAAGGACGCCGUACGGAUCCCUGUCAUUGCCUCCAGUGGUGCUGGUAAGCCCGAGCACUUUGAGGAGGUUUUCAACCAGGCGGGUGCGGAUGCUGGGUUGGCUGCGGGUAUUUUCCACAGGAGAGAGGUUCCCAUUGGUGAUGUCAAGUCUUAUCUUACAGGCAAGGGACUCUUGGUGCGCGACGAGGAUGGUUCGGCGGCGGUAUGA